ACACCCAGCCCAACAAGGAAAACUCCCGCGAAGCCGUCCACGUUCAUCCAAGGAGGCAGGGAUCACUCCAAAUCCCAAGCAAAUCCGGACAACACCACGGAGCCGCCUCAUCGUCCUCGUCACCGCUCUCACGGCCGCUCGCUGUCUCUCUCAAGCACCCGACCACGCCGGAGGGAGCGCCGAGCCCUGAUGGCGAGCUACUUCCAGGAAGCGCGCCUCCCGCAGCAGCGCGUCGUCGAGGGCGUCGCCUUCCCGGCGGUGCUCGUCCCGAGCGCCCCGUCCGUCGCCACCGGCGGCGUCGAGGAGUUCCUGGCGGCGGUGCGGUCGGAGCGGGCGUCCCGGCUGGAGCCGCUGGUGAGGGGCGCGGGGGCGCUGCUGCUGCGGGGGUUCCCGGUGCGGACGGCGGCGGACUUCGACCGCGCCGUCGACGCCUUCGGGUACGAGGAGCUGCCGUACGUCGGCGGCGCCGCGCCGCGGACCAACGUCGUGGGGCGGGUGUUCACCGCCAACGAGUCGCCGCCCGACCAGAAGAUCCCCUUCCACCACGAGAUGGCCCAGGUUCCAACAUUUCCAUCAAAACUGUUCUUCUUUUGUGAAGUUGAACCGAAGAGUGGUGGAGAAACACCAAUAGUAUUGAGCCAUUAUGUCUACAAGAGGAUGAAGGAAAAAUUCCCCGAAUUUGUGGAGAAACUGGAGAAGGAUGGGCUGAUAUAUACAAGGGUCUUGGGAGAGGGUGACGACCCAUCUUCUCCAAUUGGUCGUGGAUGGCAAUCAACAUUUCUCACUAAAGAUAAAGCUGUCGCUGAGGAAAGGGCUGCCAAGCUUGGCAUGAAGCUGGAAUGGUCUGACGACGGCGUGAAAACGAUAAUGGGCCCGAUACCGGCGGUGAAGUGGGACGAGAGCCGGGGCAGGAUGAUCUGGUUCAACAGCAUGGUGGCCGCCUACACCGGGUGGAAGGACGCACGGAACGACCCCGUGAAGGCCGUGACCUUCGGCGACGGCUCGCCUCUGCCCGCCGACGUGAUCGCCGAGUGCGGCAGGAUCCUGGAGGAGGAGUGCGCCGCCGUCCCGUGGCAGCACGGCGACAUCCUCCUCAUCGACAACUGGGCCGUCCUGCACUCCCGCCGGUCGUUCGAGCCCCCGCGGCGCAUCCUUGCCUCGCUCUGUAAAUAAAAUGAUGCGUAGACGCGCCACGAGUGAACCUGAAAGGUGAAGGAUAGGCCUGCAGUGUGUAGGUGGGGUGGAUGUGUGUCGAUGUGCAGGCGCUCUGAACUGGGAAUAGUUUGUGGCGCUGGGAAGUGAGGGCUUGUAAGUUGUAAUGCCAAAUAGCACGUCAGGAUCUAUCAUCUAGCUCUGUUUUUGUUCACA